AGUGUUUAGAAAACUGCGUAGAAAAAUACCUUUGACGAUAACUUCAUCUAUUAUGGCUUCAUCACAGUGGCUUGAAGACGAAUUCCAAGGCCCCUUCGCUAACAGCGCCGCUGUAGCUGGUCCUAGUGGAGAGGACGCCCAGUUCGUCCCCCCUGAUAGUGGCUUUACGCAGUCCACUGUUGUAGAGGGCGAUGAUGACGCUAUUCCCAACUUCCCUAAUAUCGACGAUAUUCUCUCUCCUCGUACUCCAACCGAUCGAGCCGCUUCGCGGUCCUCCACCCCCCAAACGCCUCUGCCAGCGGGGCAGAGGAAGAGGAAGAGGAAGCCAACAACGCGGGAGGCUCGGCAUCAGGCGAUAAAGACUACUAUUCGAAUGACACCAUCGUUGAGGGUGAUCUUCUUACAGAAGGUGCUUGAAGUGUUCCGGGCUGGGAUGCUGAAUAUAGACAGGCCUAGCGCGCGUAAACCGGCUUGGCAGAAGCUCGUAGAGCUAUUGAAUCAAGAUACGCAGUACGUUUGGUCUAUUGAUAAAGUUAGCAAGAAGUACGCGGAUGAGAGGAUCAGAUGGGACACUUUGAAGUGUACCGACUCCCCGGAUCGUAUCAACGGCUUUAUCAAUAAACACGGCGCCAAAUCGAGGUGGUUGGUUACCGAACCAGUUGGUCCUAUUUCUAUUCAGCAGGAGAUCUUCUGGGCCGAAUCAGCUACUGGGGAAUGCAUAGCUGAGCCCGGUGAUGAAGAGGAUGUCCCCGAGGCUAUCCUAAGCGACCAAUCCGACGCUGACAGCCUAUUAACACCAACACUAAGUACUUCAAGUACUUCUAUCAUAACGGGGCGGCGGAAGAGGCAGAGGCUGGAUCCGGACAUCAACACCACGAUAUCUGACGAAUCGGAUGACGAUAAUGAGGCGCGACAGCGCCAUAAGCGUGUGAAGGACCUACAGCGAGAGUUUAGUAAGAAGUGGGAUCGUAAGAAGCAGUUAACUGACCUCGGUAGUAGUAUUGAACGAGCCUCGCGUGCGAUUAGUCGCCCUAUUGGUGCUACUAAUAUAGCUGCCGCGAUGAGGCUACUUCAGAGUGACGGCUUCGUGAAGGAUCUUAACUGGCGGCUACGGAUGAAGGCGUACGACGAGAUCGGGAGCAACACUACGAAUAGCGUCCUCUAUUGCCAGCUUAGCGAUCCCCGCGAACGUAGGCUAUGGCUAUUGACGAGAAUCGGUGCGAAGAUUGAUGAUGAGGAAGUUAAAGGCGACGGCGUUGGAGCAGAAGGCGUCAACAGGGGUAGGGCUAGGGCUAGUAGGAACGAUUUGAUUGAAUAG